AUAAUUUGAGCAAUAUGAACGGAAAGCGAGUAACACCCUUCCAGAGUUGGUUAGACUGGAACCCAGAACACCGCAUGUUAUACAGAUUCAUUAUCAGUCAGCUUCACUUUGACGGUCUGAGUACGAUAGCCCUGGUCCUGGCCCAGUCCCUCCACCAGAUCAACAGUGUUAAACCCAGCAACGAUCUCAGUCAAUUAGUCAGCAUGUGUGUACAGUGGGGACAACAGGCUGGCAACUCUACUGCAUUCAGCCCAGUUUUGAAGCCUCAGGCUACGCUAGCUUUCUCUCCUAUUCGACACACGGACAUGCUCGGAGCUCUCUCUCAAAACAAGAGCUCAUAUGAAGCCGAGUUAGUGAUCCAGGACAAUCUUAUAUCUGCAAUGAGGAAACACAGGUCUGAUCUUGACAGGUCUCUGAUACAAGGACUAUCCCCACCUCGAAACCCACCUUCUUCUUUACCUCUCCACAUAUUUGAGACGGUAGGGCUGGGUGCACGUAGCGCGGCAGUGAGUCCAGGAGCACAAAGUGUGGCGGUCAGCCCCUCUAGCACACCACAGAACCCCACCCCUGACAUGGUGUGCAGCCCUUCUAUCUGUGUUCAGCUUAACGGAUCACCUAACGAGAACACAUCGCCUGGAAGCUUGUGCAAUGCCUCCCUGGGACAGGAAAGUGGCACCGAUGAGAGUACUAAUUUUAUCGGCAAGAAACGACCGAAGAGCGAUGAGAGUAUGGCUGAGUCUGGCGAGGAAUCUCCUAAAAGGCAGUGCCAAAGCGAUUCAUCAAGUUCAGCUGAGCCUGUGUCUAUAAAGAGCGAACAAGAAGGAAACCCUAUUUCACCACAACUUUCAUCAUCUGCCGAAGAAAAUGAACAAGGAAUGUUCACCCCGAUAAGUGCCCUGAAUUCCUGGACGUGUCCCAAGUGCGACACGAAUGUAACGAACAUGAGCGAUCUGGCGUCACAUAUCAAAGUGUGUCUAAACGGACAAGGUGACAACUAUUGUAACGAGUGUGGACGGGGCUACAGCAGCAAAGCCAGUCUUCAGCGUCAUAUCAGCGUUGUGCACCGCAAAGAGAGGAAUUACGAGUGCCACAUCUGUAGGAAAAGAUUUGGUCAACAGAUUCAUGUAGACGUUCACAUGAGACUCCAUACAGGUGAGAAGCCGUUUGUGUGCCACAUGUGUAACGACAGCUUCAAACAGUCAGCCCAUUUAAAGCGACACAUGCAGUGUCACAUCAGAGCACCUUCUGAAUUCUCUCUCUACAAAUCUCAGAAACAAAACUCUGGUCCCUUCAAAAGAGACGUUAUGAGCUCAAAACCUGACUACGACUCCCUCUUGCCCCGUAUCUCCGGCAAGAACAUGUCCCCUCUCUCCACCCGACCGCUCCACGAGUAUCCAUACCUUCUCUCCGGCUCUCUCACCGACACUCCCUCCUCUCCUAAUCUUAAAGACAAGUUCAGAUCAUAUGGCAUGAUGCUGGGAGAACCGGCCGUUCUGAGUGAACUACAAAACAAAUACACGAUGGAACUGAUCAAGUUGAUAGGACAGACUGUAGAGGAUCAGAGAAAGAAUAUCUCCAGAUAAAGGGCGAUAAAAACAAUAACAUUUUGCAGAUAAACUGUCUCAUCUCUCUGUUUUCUGGUUGAAAACAUGAGGUUGAGGAUAGAGAAAUACAGAAUGUGGAGUAAUGGUUGAGUGUGAUAAGAUAAGACAAAGAUAAGACUGAUAGAACUCAGAACAAACUGAAAGUGUUGUUAUGUGUAUUGUAUUGUUGACAGAAUAUGAGAUCUAAGAUUUUUUAAGAUUAAAGAAUCCCGGUGAAGACGAAAUGAUUCAGUUUAUUGAAGAUCUGUUAAAAUCCGGGGCAUGAUUUGUCAUGGGCAUUAUCAGGCGCACAAAUAUUUUAUAAAUUUAUAAAUGUUUGAAUAGGAGUGGGCUACACCGGGGUCAGUUUCUUGGGAAAUAAUUCUUAUUUAACCAUUAUGGCCUACUGGGCUGCUGGUAGAUUAGUCUCUACAGAGGCAAAUAUAACAGUUAACCUAAGAAUUUAACAGCAAAAAUUACUCCCCAAGGUGGCACCCACUCUUAAUUUAAUCUUUAAAUGUAUUAAUUAUAAUCGGGCUGAGAUGCAUUGGCGUUCAUUUUAAUCUGAAUCAUGGCAUGGUUAACCCUACGGUUUCUCAUACACAUCAUUAGUCAAAAUGUAUGUGAAGAGAACAGGUGCUAUCCUAGAUCUCAAGAUAACCCGAAAAGGGUCUCGUUCGAUAAUUAUUGUAUCAAUAAAUUUCUGAAGUAUGAUUAAUCUGAUUUAUGAGCUCAGCGCGGUCAACAUUUCGCUUAUUUCAAGCAAAAAUAUCGUGGGUCGGGUUGUGGUGACCGUCGCGUCGUUGUUAAGCAAAUAAAAAUUGUUGACAACAUUUAUUAUGUUAAAGUUUUACUUCAUGGGUGAAAGAUUAUUUUAAAUUUCGUUGCUUUGAUGUUGCUCCCAUAUUUAUUAUGAAAAUUUGGGU